CCAUACUAGGACAGUGUGCCAGUACCAAUACGAAUACCCUUGAAGGCAGGCCCCAGCUUCGUCGGGCAGGAACGGACAGGUCUCCAUUCGCGAGAUAUUCCUGCGCGAGUCGUUUCUGCUUAGUUCAUUCUACCGCUUUCUCCCCAUGGCCAACAGUUAUCCAUUCUGGCUUGGAGGUGUUGCCGCGUCCAUGGCCGCCAGCUGCACCCAUCCCUUGGAUGUUACGAAAGUGCGAAUGCAGACAACGAUCAACGAAGCUGGGUCCAAACGUCCUUCUGCAUUUUCCGUAAUACGCGCCAAUGUCGCUAGUCAUGGUAUUCGUAGCAUGUACCAAGGCUUGACUGCUUCACUACUUCGGCAAAUGACCUAUUCUAUGGUGCGCAUCGGAGCCUAUGAAGAUUUCAAACGUCGUCUAUCAAAGAACGGCCGUCCCUCUACGAUACAGCUCCUCAUGGCUGCUACUGUCGCCGGCGCUCUCGGUGGUAUCUCGGGAAAUCCAGCGGAUAUAUUAUUCGUUCGAAUGACUAGCGAUAUCACUAAGCCGCCGGAGAAACGUUAUGGUUAUUCCAAUGCACUCAGUGGACUAGUCAGACUUGUGAAGGAAGAAGGCCUCAAAGGACUGACAAGAGGAUUGGGUACUAACACAACGAGGGCAGUACUUAUGAACUCAUCUCAGGUGUGGUCAUAUGAUUUUUUCAAGACAUCCUUGUUGCGGCACCCCAUACCUAUGACAAGUUAUCAAUUCCAAGACAACCUCGGAGUCCAUGUUGCAGCUAGUAUCCUUGCAGGCACAUUUGCCACCACCGUCUGUUCCCCUGCUGAUGUUAUACGAUCACGCAUUAUGUCAUCCUCUUCCGGAGACACGUUCCUUCAUGUAUUGACAACUUCUCUUCGGAACGAAGGGCCAAGGUUUCUAUUUAUGGGCUGGACUCCUGCAUUUAUUCGUCUCGGACCCAAUACCGUCUUGCUCUUCGUUUUCUUCGAGCAACUGAAAAAAGGAUGGAGCACGCUUGCAUCAUAACACACUCCUUGGCUUGUACGGAAAGCAUAACACGCGUAAUUCAUACUAUCCUUCCGUCGCACAUAUUCACCCUAGACGUAUAUAGACAAAAUAUGACUUAUUUACCGUA